AAAAAACUCAAAGUAACAAUUAAACUCAAAAAAUAAAUCUGGGUAAAUAAAUUGAAAUGAUUUUGCCAUUUUAUUCUAUGUACUGAGACGUAAAUAUUAUUCAACAGAUUUUGUUUGAGUUAUUCAGUUCCAUGGCCUUUUUAAAGGGUCGCUUUUGAUCUGAAAUGAGAUAUUUCUGUUCACCGAUACUUUGCUAAUUAAUUCUGCGGAAUACUAACCAUUCCUAAUAGCAUUAUUGAAUACAUAUUGAUGACUAUGUCACUGCAAAACUCCCAUGAGUCUAGUAAUCAUAAACGCAAUCCGAUACGUAGUAUUGUUGAUUCUGGCAAAAGUUCAUCUAGUAUUAUGUGCUACGUCACUCUAGCAAGUAAUCAGGUUUAUCAAGUAGAAGUGGAUCACAAGGCAGAUUGCCAGGAGGUGAUAGACAAGGUGUGCAAAUUAAUUGGAACUGUUGAGGAGGCUGGUUAUUUCGGCAUUCAGUUGGCCGGGUCGAAGAAUGAAAUGUACUGGUUGAAUAGCCGAAAUAGAUUGUCUAGACAGAUCCCUGGUUCACCUCCUUACCACCUCUUCUUUCGCGUCAAGUAUUUCGUUCCACCCUGUACACUUCAGUUGGAAGAAACUAGGCAUCAGUUUUAUACAAAUGUCGUUUAUCAUUUGAAAAAUGGGUCGUGGGAUGCUGGCACAACAUUGGAGAUACAGUCACAACUAAUAGCACUUAUGGCUUAUGUGCAGUUUGGUAACUACAAUCCUAAUACCACGCCAUGCAAGUAUGCUUGCUUUUGGCCUGAGUGCCGCCAUGAAAUUCCUCCGGAAGCCAUUCGCAUGGCCGCCAGAUUUCACCAAGACUUAAAGGAUAUCACCAUAGCACAUGCUAAAUAUGAGCUUCUGUCAAUCGUCUCUAGAGAAUUCCCGUCUUAUGGGACCUACUUUUAUGAUAUCAAGGACAUAUUCGACCGCAAGUUAUUGCUUGGUAUUGGACCAAAUGAUAUAGUUAUCUGCAAUUCAACUGGAGAGGUUAUCGAACGUUUUCCAUUUUGUCGAGUUCACACAAUCACUAACAGUGCACGAGUUGUUACAUUAAAUCUCCUCGAAGAUGAUGGCAGUGUGAAAGGCCAAAAUUAUCAGUUAUCAUCAACUCGUUUAGCUUAUGCUCUUUAUCGUACAAUAACUGAGGUACACGCGUUUUUCCAUAGUGACUCAAUAAAACAAUCUCUGCUUGAUCAAACUGUACGAGAGUCCUUCUCUUCAAUGUUUGAUCAUAAUGGCAAAGAAUAUGCUUUUGAUCUCCGGUUUACAUUUUUGGAAGUAUAUGACCGAGCGAGAAGGCGUAUGUUUCAUUGUACAAGCAAUACAAACGCACCACCCUCAUGUAUCCCAGUUGGUUUUCCUGAAAGAACAAGGAGUUUAAGUGGUUCAACUAAUUCUGUAAUUCAUGGAGAUAAUACUUCAACAAGUAGCUUGGAUGCUAUACACAAGACUGGAGAUUCUCGAACACGUCAUGGAUCUUCGAGUAGGACUGAAUCAGUUGUCAGCGUUGAGGAAGUCCAAGAAAUAGUUCAAGAAAGUUUACGAGAGGUAGCACUUUGUCGUGUUUGUAUGGAUAAUCCAAUUUCGCGUGUCUUCUUUCCAUGUGGUCACACAAUUUGCUGUAGUGUAUGCGCAGAACGUGUAGACCAGUGUCCUAUAUGCCGUAAGAGUAUUGAACUGAGACAUCCGUGUUUUCUCCCUUGGAGUACUGAGUCAAAUGCUGAGGAUUUCACCUCUAUACUUGGAUGUACGUUUAAAGAUAUUAGCGAUCGAUUUAAAUCUCACAGGAGUUCACGUCAUCACAAACACCAUAUCCCAGUUGAUUCAACUUUACAUGCAACAGCAUCAGCACCUGUAUGUGAAUUAUCGUCCCUUGAAACUGAAACACAGUGGUCAAAUAAUCGUUCCCAUAAGUUUGAUCAGUCUAAUUCUAUAAACCUACCUCCAGUUUCUCCACAAUUUUCGACAUCUUUACCUGAUGAAAACUCCAACAAAGACCACCAACUUCCCUCAACUUCAGGCAAUUCAGCCGCUUUACCUAUUUCAUCUUCUGCUAGUCAUGAAAAUCCUGAAACGGAAAAGUCUAACGACAAUUCUCGUCACGUCACCUGGCAAACAGAAGACUAAUAAAGUUUUUUUUUCUAUAAUGUAUUUAUUGAAUAUAUUAAUAAAUAUUCACAAAAAUAUGCAUUAAAUGUGUAUAGAUUGUUAUUGUUGUUAUAUUUAUUUCGGUGACCUUAAAAUUAUUCAAAAUCUUUAUUUACCCUCUGAUCAGUUUUGAUUGUUUCGCCUUCUCUUCGAUUUCCCUGAGUUUAUUCCUUCGCUUUAUUACUUUGAGUAUGUCGUAACACGGUGCAAUUGGUUCUCUUUAACAAAAAAUGUUUCUUUUUGAGUUCUAUCUACUUCUGCUCGUUCUCUUUAUGCUUCAUAGAAAACCAAAUAAUACUCUCCAUAUACACUUUUACAGUCUUUCAUUCAUUGUAUUGUUUUUGUAAUUUCAUUUAACCAAUUAGUUUGCGUUUGGUUCAUUUUGUACGCCAAAGAAUUUCAUUUCUCUUCUCUAAUAAAAUGAUCUGAAUCCAUAUGUGUGCUGGCUUAAGGUGUAUAUAUAUAUAUAUAUAUAUAUAUA